CAGCUCUCACGAUGCUGCCAAGCAGCGCUGCGCUGUGUGAGAAAUCAAAGCGCAGGCGUCGAGUCGGGAGGUAGCAUAUCUUAUGCGCAGACUGGGUACUGUACAUGGCCAUUGAUGCUGCUGGAUAGAUGUAGCCCCUGAUGUAAAUAAGAAUGGCGAGGGCAGCGGGUCUAACAUGCCGCGUUAUCUCUGCUUGACAUCGGAACAUUGCAUGCCACCAUCGGGAUUUUAUAAAAACGCGGGGGCCUUUUCUCGUUUUCAUCGGAAUCUGCCUUGACAGCUCGCCUGAUGAUUUUAAUUUGACACAAGAGCCAUAGCAGACGGGCGGCUUCUUCUAAUAAACACUCGGGAAAAACAGGUCAUUAUGACCUUAGUAUCCCCCAGUAAAAGAAAACCAUCGGAUUGUUUUUACGCGGCAGCAUUCUGCUUGCAUCUUUUGCUUUGGAUUUCGUGUGCUGUGUCCGGAGAGGAGGAUCAUCAGUUCAGCGUUGAGAGAUGGCUACAGAGGUAUGGCUACCUUCCCCGCACAGAACCGGGAAUGUCUGUCCUGCGCUCGGCUCAAACCAUGCACUCAGCCAUCGCUGCCAUGCAGCGUGUCUACGGUCUCAAUGUCACAGGGACACUGGAUGAGAAAACCAAGGAUGAUAUCACGCUGAGUUGGAUGCAAAAGCCUCGCUGUGGAGUUCCCGACAAAUUUAAAAGUGCUGCGAGGUCACGGAAGCGGAGAUACGCGCUGACAGGACAGAAGUGGCAGCGUACACACAUCACCUACAGCAUAAAAAAUGUCACACCAAAGGUGGGCGCCCGGGAGACUCACGAUGCCAUCCGGCGGGCGUUUGAUGUGUGGCAGGGUGUGACUCCGCUACGCUUUGAGGCCGUUCCAUACAGCGCACUGGAGACUGGCAGGCGUGACGUGGACAUCACCAUCAUCUUCGCUUCGGGUUUUCAUGGUGACAGCUCACCCUUCGACGGGGAGGGGGGAUUCCUCGCCCACGCCUAUUUCCCGGGCCCAGGCAUAGGAGGGGACACACACUUUGAUUCUGAUGAGCCCUGGACCCUGGGGAACCCAAACCAUGAUGGUAACGACCUGUUCUUGGUUGCGGUGCAUGAGCUGGGCCACGCCCUCGGUCUGGAACACUCCAACGACCCCACCGCUAUCAUGGCUCCUUUCUACCAGUACAUGGACACAGAGAACUUCAAACUACCUCACGAUGACCUGCAGGGCAUCCAGAAAAUCUAUGUUCCCGCUUCAGUAGGUGUCUCCAGGACAACAUUUUGCCAUGAUGACACACACACAGACUCACAAGGUCCACCAGAUAGAGCACCGCAGCCAACUAGGCCCCCACCCACGGUGCCUCCUCCUCGCUUCCACCCUCCCUCAGACCCCCGUAAACAUGACCGCAAUGCCAGACCCCAUCGCCCUCCACAGGGGGCCAAGCCCUUCAACCCCAACUCCAUGCCCAACAUCUGCGAUGGAGGCUUCAACACCCUGGCCAUCCUCCGGCAGGAGCUUUUUGUGUUCAAGGAUCAGUGGUUUUGGAGGGUACGAGACAACUCAGUAGUCCCUGGCUACCCCAUGCAGAUUAACCACUUCUGGAAAGGCUUGCCUCCCAAAAUUGAUGCUGUGUAUGAAAAUAGCGAAGGGAAGUUUGUAUUUUUCAAAGGAAACCGUUUCUGGGUCUUCAAGGACACAACUCUCCAGCCUUCGUACCCUCAGGACAUCUCGCUGUUUGGGAGCGGCAUGCCCACUCAGAGUAUCGAGACAGCUGUCUGGUGGGAGGAUGUCGCAAAAACCUACUUCUUCAAAGGAGACAGGUACUGGAGGUACAAUGAGGACAUGAGAACCAUGGACCCAGGUUAUCCCAAACCCAUCAACAUCUGGAAGGGCAUCCCUGACUCUCCACAGGGGGCUUUUGUGGAUAAGGCCAACGGCUUUACCUACUUCUACAAGGGAAAGGAGUACUGGAAGUUCAACAACCAGCUGCUUCGUGUGGAGCCUAGCUACCCAAGGUCCAUCCUGAGGGAUUUCAUGGGCUGUGAUGGUCUGCCUGCUGACCCCGACUGGGACUGGAACCCCCCGGUGGCGGAGGAACGCCACUACGACAAUGGUGACGUGGACGUUGUCAUAAAACUGGACAGCGCGGGGGGCACGGAAAAAGCAGUGGCCAUCGCUAUCCCCUGUGUCUUGGCGCUUUGCAUGAUGGUCCUCCUCUACACCGUUUUCCAGUUCAGGAGGAAGAGCACACAGCGCCACAUACUGUACUGCAAGCGCUCCAUGCAGGAGUGGGUCUGAAGGACUGUUAUCGCACUGUACAGAAGGGGGUGUGAAGAUAGAGGUAUAGUUAUUACUUGAAGCCCUAAGUACAGUAAUUGGAAGCACUGUAAAGGGUACAGUACAUAAGGAUUGCCAUGUUGGCAGAUUUUAAAACUGCUUGAACUCAACUAACAAGCUGCAAAGAAGCAAAAUGAUCAGCAGAACGCAACUAAAUUAGUGAGGGAGCCACAUCUCCUGUGUCCAACUAAUAUGUCUCUUUCUGCUUUGACUUUUUUCUGUAUCUUGGAAUGAACUCAAUUAAGUGAGACACAGUUAAGCUACUGUAAGUGGGACCUUUGUUUAUCCUCGUCUCUGCACGCCGCUUAAAAAGCCCCUAGCACUAACUUCAGUGGACAAAUUUAGACAUAGGCUUCUACUUUACUUUCAUUUCUUAAUUACAUUGCUCUGAGCUGUGCUUUUUUCAUUAAGGGUCCCUGUAAAAGAUUAUUCAUUGUGUGGAGGACUCAUACACAAACCAAAUAUGACCUUUUCUCCCAAAGAGGAUUACUGCUUGAUGUUGUUUUUCCUCCAUGGAUCGAACAUUGCGGCAUCAUACUCAGUUUUUCUUUUUUGCCAUUGGUAUUCACAUCCACUCGUUUGCUCUGUAAUCUGUGGGGAUAGAAAGUAGCUGGAAGCAAGAGCUAGGAACUCAAGACACUUGUGGCAGUGUAUCUCCAAAACAGGGGCCAAAAACCCCUGCAAUAUUUAUGAGACUGCCUUAAUCACAGUUUGCUUAAACUCCCUUCUCUUUCUCUCUGUUUCUCUGGUGUGGAAGUUGAGAACUUAGUGACAGUAGGAAUACAAACAGUGUAUAAUAAAGGCAUUUAUUACUUUCCAAAAUGUUACUUCAAAACCAGUAGUUAAAGGGUCAGUAUGUAACUUGUAUUAAAAAAA